AUGGCGGCAAUCAACUUAAGACGUCUUCUGGCUGUAAAGAACAAUAUAAUUUGUUUGCUGUUGCUGAAAAGACGUCAAAAGCGCUUAAAUAGGUACAAAAAACGGUUCUCAGUUAGACAGAUUUAUGCAGAACGAAAACAGAAAGGCGAAUAUCAUCUUCUUGUCAAAGAACUUAUGCUUCAUGAUCAAGAAUAUUUUUUUAACUCUUUUCGGAUGUCGCCAACUACGUUUGAACGAUUACUGUCUUGGAUAGUACCACUUCUCCAAAGAGCUACCACUAAAAUGCGUGAGCCAAUUGGCCCUAGCGAGAGACUGUGUGUUUGCUUAAGGUACUUGGUUACUGGUGAUGCCCAGGUUACAAUUGCUGCAAGUUACAGGAUAAGUGCUGCAGUUGUGGGAAGGAUUAUCAAUGAAACUUGUGAACUGUUGUGGAACACUCUGAUUGAAAAAGGUUAUGUUAAGCACCCGUCAACAGAGAAUGAAUGGAAAGUAAUUGCCGAAGAGUUUGAGACUUGUUGGAACUUUCCUCACUGU